UGCUCACCCCUUUGCACCGUCGGAAUUUCCAAUUUCGUGUCAAGGAUUUCUCGAUUGCGUCCUCUCUUCGGUGUAUAGAAUUUGGACCCUCGGCGACACUUUGGGUCAUUUUCAAUUCUGCAAUCGUGAGGUGGGUCUUUCUUCAACGUGGGUUUCGAUUGCGCUGCCUAUGCUCGGCUGAGCAAGUCUUCGAGGGAAUUCUAGAGGUGUUGCUGGUUGCAUAUUGUAUCGAAGCUGGCUGGAUAAUACCUGGCUAAGGCUAUGAUUAUGGAGCUGUCGGUGGUAAGAGAGGGUACGGAAGAAAAGUGCCAACGCAGGCUGACGCGUAUUCACGAACACCUGAAGCCCACAGACGCUUAUUCAUCUUCUGCGUUGGAACGCAUACCAACUCUUGCUAUUGGCCUUCCUCCAUUGGAUAUAAGGUCUGCAUUCCCACAGGCCACUCCAGCAUCAAUAUUCCCAGAGUCAGUAUCAGACUAUUUUCAGCUUGAUGACUUGUUGUCAUCUGAAGAUGUUGCACUUCGUAAGCGCAUCCGAGAGACUAUGGAGAAACAUGUUGCACCCGUCAUGACCAAGUAUUGGGAGAAGGCAGAGUUUCCGUUCGAAUGUGUGCCUCAUAUUUCCAGCCUCAUGGUCGCCGGCGGCACGACUAAGGGGUACGGUUGUCCUGGGCUGUCUGUUUUAAGCAGUGCUUUGGCGAUGUCGGAAAUAGCACGAGUGGAUGCAAGCUGCUCUACUUUUGUGCUUGUGCAUUCCAGCUUGUGCAUGGCUACUCUUGCUAUGUUGGGAAGCGAGGAACAGAAACUCAAAUACUUGCCCGGCCUUGCUCGCCUUGACCUCAUUGGGUGCUGGGCAUUAACAGAGCCUGGAUAUGGAAGUGAUGCGAGCUCACUAAAUACUACUGCCAAGAAGGUAGAGGGAGGAUGGCUUUUGAAUGGGCAGAAACGAUGGAUCGGUAAUGCAACUUUUGCAGAUGUAGCUGUUUUGUUUGCCCGGAACACACAAACGAACCAAAUAAAUGGGUUUAUUGUGAAGAAAGGUACACCUGGCUACAGAGCUACGAAGAUUGAGAAUAAGAUUGGGUUAAGGAUGGUACAAAAUGGUGACAUUGUCAUGGAAAACGCAUUUGUGCCUGACAAAGAUCGGCUUCCUGGAAUUAACUCGUUUGCAGAUACCAACAAGGUGUUGGCCGUAUCUCGGAUUAUGGUCGCAUGGCAACCAAUUGGCAUAGCCAUGGGCGUAUAUGACAUUUGCCAUAGAUACCUACUUGAGAGGAAGCAAUUCGGAGCACCUUUGGCUGCCCUUCAGAUCAAUCAAGAAAAAUUAGUGCGGAUGCUAGGAAAUAUUCAAGCUAUGUUUCUACUCGGCUGGCGUUUAUGCAAAAUUUAUGAAGCUGGAAAGAUGACCCCUGGUCAAGCCAGUCUUUGCAAGGCUUGGAAUACAAAGAGAGCUCGGGAGACAGUGGCGCUAGGGAGAGAGCUUCUAGGCGGCAAUGGAAUACUUGCGGAUUUCCUCGUUGCUAAGGCGUUUUGCGACUUGGAGCCAAUUUACAGCUACGAGGGAACGUAUGAAAUCAAUGCAUUAGUGACAGGUCGUGAAAUCACAAAAAUUGCGGCUAUCAAGCCUAGUGGAGGAAAGACCAAGACUACGGCUACCUCAGAAGGCUUGGUGCGCAACACCACCAAAAACUGACCUGUAUCAUUGAAUACUGCAGAGGUGGAUGCUACUAUUUAGUUGCUCUAGAAACCAGCCCUUUUCAAUAUAAAAGACGGCACUGGUCGCUGCCAGCCGUUGUUGAGAAUCAAUAAAAAAAGACUCAGAUGCUUCCACCUUUGCUCACAAAUUUGCGUUACAGGAAGAGAACUUUGCAUUUAUCAAGGAUGAGAGUACAUAAACGAUGCACAAAGGUGCGUGCAGGUUUUAAAGGAGUGUGUACGAGGUAAUGAAAUAUUUGCGUUACGGCUUGGUAAUGUUGUUGCCGGGGUUCGUUGAGAAUUGAGCCAUCAUGCUCCUAGCAUAACUGAUAUUCUGGCAGCUUCGUGUUUGAGCGUAGAGGAGGCAUCCCACAGUAGCAGAGUAGAAGAAAGGUAGCUAGAAAACUUCACCACUAUUGUUGAGCUUGAUGUUUAGGUUGGCAGGGACGCUGAGAGGGGUGCAAUCACCAAAGCCAAAACGGGCUAGAAUGCGGCGAAGCUAAACAGCUUGGUAAAUGAAGAUGUGGCCUUUAGUUUUCAGGCGGAGGAUGUGUAGAUCCACGUAAAGAUCAACGCUAGAGCGGGUAAUGGUAAAAUGUUCUUCCAUAUAAUGGACGAGAUUCCCAAGCCGGGCUGGUGAGGAGCAAAUAGCAAGCCCACCGUCCACAAAGAGUGUGACGAUGAGGGGAGGCUUGGAUUUUGAGAUAUACACACAUGGGUUGGCUUCAAUGGAUUCAAGAUCAAAUUUCAUGAAAAAAUCAUAAAAAGUUUGGUUCCAGAUA